AUGGAUUCCCCCGAUGAACCGGAGUGCUCAUACUACAGUUCUAAUGAUUCUCUUUAUUGGUUUUAUUACGAAGAACCGGAUCCUUUUUUGAGCAGUAGCAACCCGGUAUGGUGGAAGAAGCCAGGCAGUGGAGAAGGCAGACGGAGGAAAGGGAAAAAGCUUGGCUCAACAGUAGCCCCCGGUGCUGCACUGUCUUCAAUCAUGAAAACUGUGGUGGAUCCGGACAACACUGUUGGCAAGAGACGUAAGCAACGAUUGCUGUCUAAAUGUGCCGACAACUUUGCGCCAGGUGUUAUCUAUUCCAUGGAGAAGAGGAAGCGAUGGGAAGAGGCUAACCCGGCGUCUCUACUUG